CCUCCCCCAGCUCAUUUCCGGCGUUCACUUCCCAUUUCCCACUUCUCAUUGCUGGCCAACGCUUAACUUUUGCUUCUUGUAUUCUGGUAUCGGUCGAGUCUGCCAUUGCCAUAAUCUGAGUUUGCGACUAUGCAUUUCUCCACAUUACUUCUGCUUCCUGUGCUUGUCGCAGCCGACCAAGCGGCAUUGUUUGAAAAGGCAUCGGGAUGGUUCGAUAAGGCCAAAUCGUACAUUCCAACCGCCGUUCCGAACCCCGUCGAAGCCGGCGCAGCGAAAUUCGCAGACCAGAGAGUCGAAAGAAUCAACAUUCGCAAUUGGGAGCGCAAGCUGGGACCCAAACUCGAUACAGAGGAAGAAUGGAUGGUCUACAUGACUGGUGGGAACAAAAGCUGUUUCGGACGGUGUGGACCCGUCGAUGUUGUGUGGAAUGAGUCCGUCCCUCUACUCACUGCUCUUCCUCAUUCUGCGGGCUCACCACCAUUGCAUUUGGGAUACGUUGACUGCGAUAAAGAGGCGGUGCUCUGCACAGGCUGGGCUACGACACUUCCGUCCAUCUACCAUUUCAUGGUUCCUAAACAAUCUACUCCUCAAGCGAAAGUACCUCUGCACAUUAUCCCUCUCAACCUGACGACGACUACUAUUGCCGAUAUCGUCUCCAUCCCCUCGAGCUCUAAGUCGCGAUACCUCGAGUCCCAAGAGUAUACCGGCUUACUGCAUCCCUUUGACGGCUUGAUGCACAAGUUCGGCCUCCUUCAGCCCUUUGGUUAUGUCAUGUGGGGAUUGGGAACGAUGCCCAGCUGGGUAAUGAUGAUUGGCAUCAGUUUCAUUUCAAGACAGAUCAUGAGCAGGAGAAUGACGGGUGGCCAAGCUGGUCAGGGUGUUCCAGCUCAGCCCGCAACUCAACCCGGCCCGGCAGCACCAGCAGCAGCGGGAGGUGCAAAGAAGAGGAAAUGAAGGAGUCGAGCAGCAUGGGUUUCGAUGUUAGAUACAGGGAGAAAGGUUAUGUGAGAGGCUAUAAUUCCGUUGGAUAGCCUGACCGUCGUGCGAGACAGACGGGCCGGGUACAUAUUUUUGCGCCCAACCUCGAGGGCUUUCGUAAAUGCUUUCUUGUACAGUACCUGUUCGUACGAUUGCCUAAUACACUCGUGCUAAUGGA